GCCUGGUAUCCCAUCGAGACUCGUUGCAUCGUUCGUCCCACGUCAGUCAAGCACCUCACCCCACCCGACCUCCGUCGCUGCGAUCUGCCACGCUUGUCCCAACUGACACGUUAUUGCUCCAGAACCACCACAAAGAACAAUAGACUGCGGCUGUUCACGACACUAACCGUACUCGAAACCAGACCACAAGCCUCCAUCCCAGCUGCAUUGAAGCAGACACCAUCCACUGCUGUCACCAAACCACCAGCAUCGCCCGCAGCCGUCAUUUGCAUUCCAGGAACCUACCCUACUCACACCGAAGUAUAUCUGCCAUGUCCUUUGAAACUGUGGGAAACCACUCAUCCUCAGCGUACUGCUUUAUAUCCAACAACAGCGUCCAUUGUGUGCCAGUCAAUUCCUUCAACACGUUUUCCGACAACUUGUUGAACGAAAGCGCCGAUGACUACGCCGACUUCACCCCUGAUAAGCUCUACUUGAAGAACAAGAACUUGUUGUACAGCUUGAACAAUCCGUCAUUAUCCGAUGUGGAGGUAGAAUCUAGCCCGUCCUUGCAGAAUAGCAGCUUGACAUCCACCAGUGCGCUGGGAGCCGUCGCAGAUGACUCCCUAACACUGUCAUCCGUAUCAGUCGAUAACAAUCGGUUGACAUCUAUCAUAAAUAACUACUCGACCCAUGCCGUCUACUUGCCCAAGCUCGUGGUCAACCUCCACGAAAACUUGGACAACGACUUCGUGCAAUUAAGGGGACUUCUCUCCAAGGUGUUUCCUUCAUGGACCGAGCCCGAACAAAUCACCUUCAAGAAGCUCACCGGAGGAAUCACCAACAUGCUUUUGUCCUGCAAAUACAUGGACGAUAGAGUUUUGAUCAGAGUGUAUGGCCACGGAACCAACCUCAUUAUUGAUAGACACCGGGAAUUCAUCCUGCACUUGAUCUUAAACUCUCUCAAUUUAGCACCAGCCAUCCAUUCACGGUUCAAGAAUGGUUUGGUUUAUGGUUUCUUACCCGGUAGAUCCUUAGAUUCCGAAGAAUUGAAUCAUGAAAAUUUAUUUCCUUUGAUUGCCCAGCAAUUGGGAAAUUGGCACAGUAGAGUGCCAAUCAAAGUGAUUGAAGAAGGGUUGGAAAAAUUGCGUGGGUUCUCCAAGAAGUUGAAGGCGAAAGGAAAGCUUAAUGGAACUGCACCUAAUUCAAAUGUCGAGAAUGGUGCUAAACCGGCAAAGAAACCCAAGAAGAGGUCCAUCUCUAACUUGUGGGAAUUGAUCGAAGAUUGGAUCAACAUUGUUCCUGUAAACUCCAAUUUGAUUGCAUCAUUCAAUAAUCAUUUGGAUGUUGAAGUCAACGAGACAAAUCUCAAAGAAAUUAUUGGUUCAGAGUUUGAAUGGCUCAAAAAUGUGUUAGAGAAAUCAAAUUCUCCAACCGUGGUAGCCCAUUGUGAUUUAUUAUCAGGAAAUGUAAUUGUACCAGAUGAAUUUGAUCUUGAAUCCCCUCUAAAGAGUUUACCUAGUCUUGCCGAGAAUCCAAUCAAAUUCAUUGAUUACGAGUACAUGCUUCCUGCUCCUAGAGCGUUUGAUAUAGCCAAUCAUUUGGCAGAGUGGCAAGGGUUCCAAUGUGAUAGAUCUAGAAUCCCAACACCGGAGCCAAAUAAUCCAACUUUGACCAAAUGGGUGAAGGGUUAUUUGAACAAUGAGAAUGCAACUUCCGAAGAGGUUAAUGAGUUGAUUCAAGAAAUUUCUACAUUUUAUGGGUUACCUGGGUUCUACUGGGGCAUAUGGGCAAUGAUUCAGCAUGAAAUCUCUAACAUUGACUUCGAUUACUCUAAUUACGGUAAGUCAAGAUUACAGGAAUACUGGGAUUGGAAGGCUCAAUAUUUAAACAAGACUGUUUAGAUCAAUCUUUAUGCCUGAUUUAUGAUUCAAUUCUUCGAACGCAUUUAAUAUCCUUUAUUUAUAGACAUCAAUGAACCGAAAGCUUAGAGAAGUGCAC